AUGGUACCAUCAAUGUCUGACUGUAAAGGAACGUGGAUACCCACGAUCCGGUUUUGUCAGUGCAACUCAGGGUACAUCGGUGAGAACUGUGACACGCUUGGUAAAAGCUGCAGGGACCUGGUAGGCAGCUAUAAGGUAAACACCAGAGUCGGCUCAUACCUAAGAAGUACAUUCACAAACGCUUCCUACCUUACCAACUGCGCUAUCAUGGACACCGGCGAAAUUCGGACUGAUUUCGCUAACUUCCGCGUGACGGUGCCGUUCUACGUCAAUCGAACGUGGGAAGAAUACGUAGCUGGGUUCAGCUACAACGUCGGCUACCUGACCCCCAACAUAUACGACCUGUGGGUGGGGCUAGACAACAUGUACUAUCUCUACUCCGUCUCCAGGAAACCGGCCAGAAUGAACGUGCAUUUGUAUUUUGGCGGUGACACCCUCGGCUACGUCUUCAUAUACUACAACAUCAACAUCACGGAUUCCUCGAACAACUACAAGUUCUCUUACGGUAGUUUUGCAACAAACAAAUUCCCUGCUUUAUCAUUCCCGCCUGUUAACGCCACCAAUUUCACCAACUGCUUCUCCAGCAAAACCACCCCCGGGUUCUCGGCCCCAGGGCGGGACAACGACGACGACCCGGUCAACGACUGCGCUAAGCAAUCCCAGGGGGGCUGGUGGAUCUCUAGCUGUAACGUUGAACCCGACUGCAACCCUUUUGGCGUUCCAUAUAAUUCUUCUUCAGAUCCAAUUACUCUUGAGCGUACGCGCUUCAAGAAUUCCAACAUCCGGGACUACGUCCAAUAUUUUAGCGUUAUACGAAUAUACCUCAUUGAAAGUCCUUAA